CCGGCGGCUACGGCUCGGCCCCCGGCUCCCGGCGCCCGGCUCCCGGCUCCCGGCUCCCGGCUCCCGGCUCCCGGCUCCUGCUCCGGGCCCUGCACCUGUGACCGUCGGCCACGCUCGCCCUCCGCGCCCGCCGCCCGCAGCCCCAUGGCCCCGUCCCGCCUGCAGCUCGGCCUCCGCGCCGCUUACUCCGGCCUCAGCUCCGUGGCCGGCUUCUCCAUCUUUCUCGUCUGGACGGUGGUCUACAGACAGCCAGGGACCGCGGCCAUGGGGGGGCUCGCAGGUGUGCUAGCGCUAUGGGUCCUGGUGACGCACGUGAUGUACAUGCAGGAUUACUGGAGGACGUGGCUCAAGGGGCUGCGCGGCUUCUUCUUCGUGGGCGUCCUCUUCUCGGCCGUCUCCGUCGCCGCUUUCUGCACCUUCCUUGUGCUGGCCGUCACCGGACACCAGAGCCUCACAGACCCCAACAGCUACUACCUCUCCUGUGUGUGGAGCUUCAUUUCCUUCAAGUGGGCCUUCCUGCUCAGCCUCUAUGCCCACCGCUACCGGGCUGACUUUGCCGACAUCAGCAUCCUCAGCGAUUUCUGACCUGAGCGAUGAGGUCUUCACACCCUGGUGGUCCUCAGGACCUGGACUCAGCCUCUGAGACAUCGGGCGGGCCUGGACACCCCCUGGGAACCCCAGAACCGAGGCAGAAAAUAUACAGCAGGAGGACGGUGGUGUCCCUGGGAGCUGUCCUGUCCCCUUUGGGGGAACCCUGGGUGCUGUGGAAAGGGGUCCUGCCAUGUUGCUCAUCAGCCUGACUGGAGGGCAGCUUUAGACCUUUUCAAGUGGAUCUAUUUUCUUAGCACUCAGUGGGCAAUCUUUCCAAGUGGGGCCAGGGCAACAGGCAAGGGGUAGGGCAGUGGGGCCUUGACCUGCGCCUGGGGGCAGGGGUCCCUGCUGCCCUAGACACUCUCCCUCAGGCGGGACGGGACCCUGGGGAGGUCAGGUCAGGUAAGGGAUCUCUAGUAGAGACUUCUCAACCCCUUACCCCAGCCCCCCCAUCUUGUUGUCCCCCAAGAGUCAGGUAGCUGAACUCAUUGGUCCCAGGGAUGGUGACAUUUGCUUCUCUUUUCCCAAGGCCUGGGGACCUGAGGGGAGUUCAGUGUCCCUCUUCCCACCCUGUUCCUCGCAGAGGUGGUUCCCAUGAGUAUGCUAGAGCCAUCCUCCCCUUCACCACACACCCCAGAGCAGGACGCCCCAGAUGAGGCCAGACUAAGGUCUUGGGGAAGGUGCUCCUGCCCCCCGAAGGGCUUUGGGGAAGGGGGCAGCAUGGGGUGGGCUAGAAGGAACCCUCAAACCUGUGCCAGGCACCUCCAGCCCAACAUUUCCACUCGGCCUUCUCAUGGCACCCAGAUUGCCCCGGCCCCGAGAUGCCUUCCCCGCUCCUGCCCCUGCCCUUCACCUAGAGCUUUUCUCUUUUAAAAUCUCCCUUCUGAAGGACAAAAUCUGCUUUACUGCCUAUACACUGGCCCAAGGGCUCACCUAACUCGGAAGGGAAGGGGCUCCAUCCAUCUUUUUAUCUUAGGUUGUCAUUUUGCACGGUCUACCCCUUUCCCACCUGAUGUGUCCUGCCCCUCAGCUCUUUGCCUUAUCUGUGUCACUGUCACUUUAGCAGAAAUACAGCAGCCAUUUGUAUCA